AUGCGUCACAAGCGCUUGAUACUCGGCGCAGGCGAUGCGUGGAGCUACAGCGUAUGGCGGCCCAAUCCCACGCCUCGCGUCCAGCUACCUCCCAACGAGGCAGCAGGUCCGUCCAGGCCCUCGCCGCCUCGCACGCUCGCCGCAGCCCAGCCACCAAUACCGCCACCACCACUACCACAAACGUCAGCGCCACCAAUACCAACAGCGACUGCACGACCAUCUUACAUCACACAUCAACUAGCAGCAUCAUCCUCCGCGCCCUCAUCCUCGUCGGCCGCAUCUCGAAUCCACACUCAUAGAUCACACGCCCUCUCUCAACCCGCGCCUUUCCAACCCUCGUUCCAUCCCCAUCUCGACUUUCUCUACCCACCCUCCUGUCUCAAACUCACUCACGAUACGCAACAUGCCCUGCAGUCCAGACACCGCCAACUCGUCCGAGCCAAGUCGUCUCUGGCUCCUACCAAAGCCGUGUCUGCUGCUGCCGCAACAGCUGCCGCUCGUCAGCUUGCCGCCUCGCACGACGACUCCGAUCGCCAGCAGCAUCUCUCCAGCCAGGCCGAUCCAGACUUUACCUUCCUCCGCCACGAGCACGACGCGCCAAAUUUCUUCUUCAGCCAUCCGCGCUCCAAUGCGCUCUUGCGCCAGGAUGCAGACAGCCACCUCGAAGACGAAGCGCCCCCACUUUCCACCAGUCUCGACGCCGAGAAACUACCCGCACCACUCGAAACCGCUUCGUCAGCCCCUGCUCGUGCCGUUCAGGCGGCCGCCUCUCUAGCUUCGCUCCGACAGGACAGCAUAGAUCUCAGAAGCUCUCUUCAAACACGAGCUACCCUCGACCACACUGCGCUCGUCAAGCAGUGUCGUCGUCUCGUCCUACGAGCCCACAGGAUCCGGCCCAAGCUCGAUGCAAAGUUGGCGCGCACCAUCGCCUGCGAAACAGUCGCUGAUUGCGCCGUCUACCUCAUCGCUUCCGCACAACCCAUCGCCGCCAGCCAGGUCCUGCGUCAUCUUUUGGUCAAGCUUGGCUGGAGCCCUCGCUCCAUCGCAGACAUGCACUCGCCACUGCAUACCCUCACUACUGCCAACUCGGAUUCCCGCCAGCACUCAACCCAUCCUGUUGCGGCCGCAACCACAUCAUCCGACUUGCCCCGCCUCGUCUUUGUCACUCAGCAAGCCAUCUCUCAGCUUACCAUGGCGCCGUCGGCGUCCAGCCCUCGUCCCGUUCGCGGCUUCCAGUCCCAGCACCACCUCGACGCCGCCGUGUCUCUCGUCGCUGCCAUGCACAUCGCCCACGUGCCUAGGUCCACCUUGUCACAGUCCGCCGUGAUCCGCGCCAUGCUCGCGGCCGGUCACACUACACUUGCAGCUCAUACCUACGCAGCAGAGGUCCGCGCAUGGUGGAAGGCCAACACAGAUGCCAGGCGUUCGCGCUCCUCAAUGCGUCACCAGGCUGCGCUCAUCGUCGAGACCGGCAAACCAAGCUCCCAGCUUUUGCGCGAGAUCACCUCAGCCAUGCGGCGCACCGAGGAUCUGCUCAACCGCGUUCAGCCCGACCUGUGGGCGCAGCUUUCGCCCCGCGAGCAGCACGCACUCGGCGCAAAGCAGCUGGAGCACGCAGAGUGUCUGGUCGACUUGCUCCGCCUUGUGCGCCAAGCCAAGCUUCCUCUGCCUCCCACGCCCAGUGCGUCCGAGAUCGCCUGGAUCCUCUCCGCCUGCUGCCGCUUCGAGACCACAAUGAUGCUCAAUCAGCCCGACAUGCCCGAUGCUUCGACGCAUGGCUCUACCGCCGCUGAUCACAGACACAAACUCAACGGUGCGGCGCGAUUCAUCCGAUACCACCUGCGCGAGUAUAUGAAGGCUCUGCCGAACGGACAGCCGCAGGCAGGCGCACACAUCCUGCUCGGCGGUGAUCCUGUCGUCCGCCCGCCCAUCAGCAUCGCUGUCUACAAUCAGCUCAUCCACUACGCCCUGUCUGUUCUCAAGUCGCCGCCCAUCUGCAAAGAGGUCUUCCAGCACAUGACUCAGCAGCGCCAGCCCCCGUUGCAGCCGGACGCCGUCACGCUCAACACCAUCCUCCGCCAGGCCACCACGCAGCGCCACCAGUCGCUUGCUCGCGCAGUGCUUACCAUCAGCCACGCCGAGAACUCGCAAGCAGCUGCAGAGCCGGACGCCGUCGCCGAUCGCCAAGUACCGGAGGCUUCCGGUCCGGCCGAGGGCGUAGUCGCUGCACAAGAUCUUUCUGCGGCCACAUCGCCAGCUGCUUCCGACAGCCGACCUCUUCGACCCAUCAUCCAGCAGAUCGACUCGGCGAUCGCCCAGGCCGACACCUAUCGUCUGGCAGCGCUACUGCAGUACGUCACAUCAUCUGGAUUGUUCUUGAAGCGCUUCCGCCACGAGCCGGGCCACAUUGGCGUCAAGGAGGCCAUCAUGCGCAUCUAUCCCGUGCUCAACAAGAAGCGCCACUGGCACAAAUUCACAGACGAGGAUGCACCGGCUGGAGCGUCGUCGCAAUCGCAGCCCAGCUCGGGCAGCGAUCUACGGCCCAAGGCUAACCGGGCCUCUCGCCACGCCAUCCUGCAUCCGCAUGUGCUGACUGCUGCGCUCAACCUGGCAUCAAAGGCGGGCAAGACGGGGCUGCUGCUGCGCGUGUGGCGCUUGAUCAAGCGCACGAGUCUGCAAAGUGCCCUGCAGUCGUCAUCUGUCGACGUUGCCAGCAAGCCGUGGAAGGUGCCCGUUGAAGCGGCCACGAUCCUCAUGCAAACUCUGGCCAGCGAGGCCGCACGCGCCCCGAAGGCGGGGCAGCCCUCGCGACUGGAUCGGCUUCACGCAUUCUCGGGACCGCGCGGAGCAGCGACGCGCAGGAAGCUGCGUAUGGCGGCGAAGAAGGAGUAUGCACGAGGCUGGAACAUUCUUGCUUCGGUGCGCGGUCGGUCGCCAUCGAGCAAGCUGCAAGCUGCGCCGCAGCGGCUUGACACAACCGCGGAGCAAAGCGAAGGUGUCCGAUGGAGAGCAGCAAGGGUGCUCGCCAAACGCGAGUAUGCCUUCCUCGUGCAUCACUGGCAGGUGUCGCGCCCACUGUCGAUCUGGCGUCGCCAGCGUCUGCAGGCCUGGCUGGAUUCCGGAAGCAAGGCGCCAACCGCUUGCACCAGUGGCGAUAUGCAGCGUUCGGAGCCGUGUCCGGACAGUCGGUUUUACGACGCGCUUCUGGGCGUCUUUGGCCGUCGCCCCGGCAUGGCCCAACGCAGCAAGAGCAAUGUCUCGCAGUCGACUGUCUUGGCACAGCUGCGACGUGGAUUCGAGCAGGCCCAGCACAACCAGCACAAGGCGGCGCAUCCCGACACCGCCAAUCUCGAAGGCGGACACUACAGCAGCAAGGGCGAUGAUCAAGCGGCGCUCAGUAGCGCAGUAGAUUCGGCCUGCGACGCAGCACCUUUGGGACUGUCGGACGUAUCGACGUGGACGACCAGCGAGAUGCUGGAGUCGGUGGUAGCGCGCGUGCAGUGGAACGCACACGGACGGUGGAGCGCGCUGAAUCCGCAUCCCAUGCUCGUGCGCUUGUUGCUCGACAUGGAAGCUUUGGGGCUUGCGAUUCCCGUCGCGUACCGCUGGGUGCUUGCGCACUGCGCGCUUGCCGCGCACGAUGACGACGCGGCGCGGUUGUUAGGCAAUGACGAUGCGAGAGGAAGACACGGCGCGAGGUUCAACAAGUUCAGAGCGGAUAGGGUCAAGACGCGCGGUUUGGCUGUCAGCAGGCCCAAUGCCGCCAGGGACGCUGCCAAGCAGAAGCAGAAGGAGCAGAAGGAGUAG